AUGUUCAAAGAGGAUGACUUGAUUCUGGGGAAGAUGGCGGAAACGGUGCGUGGGGAUUUGAAGACGCCCGAGGCCAGCGUCGCCCAAGAGUCAGACGAGGAUGCUAGCGGGGCAGACUUUGAUGCAAGGGGCUGGAGAUUACCCAUAAUCAGCAGGAGGCAAGCGCAAGAGCGUUUGAAGUGUUGCUAUAGCGCUCUGAUUGAGCCAGUCGAGCAUCUUCUGGACGAGGAACAGCAUCUCAUCAUAGUGCCGGAUCAUCACUUGUGGAUGUUUCCCUUUGCAGCACUCCAGCUCCCGUCAGGAAAGUACUUAAUCGAGAAGUUCUCAAUCAGGCUGGCCCCAUCUGUUCAGACCCUGAUGCAAAUAUCCAGGCGGCGGGAGCAGAUCUCUCGAAUGCCAGCACUGACUCCAACUGCGCUGGUUGUUGGCGUUUCGAAAUUCAGUGGGCACACCGAGUUGCAACUACAGCCGCUGCCGUCAGUUCCGUCUGAGUGCAAGGGAGUUUGUGAAGCAUGUGGUCGCGCGGGGAUUGUAGUUCAGCAUGUGAUGGAACAUGAAGCCAGUGCACAGAGUUUUGUUGACCGCUGUCCACACGCAACGCACUUGAUUCACAUUGCGACACAUGGUCUGCUGGAGCAGCCAGCAUUGGUCUUGCACGGAACGCCGGCCUCCGCCAUAUUUCCAGCAUCAGAGAUUCAGGCUCUCAGGAUUAGCUCCAGGGUGGUUGUGCUGUCGGCUUGCAACACCGGUCGGGGCUCUGUGGGUGCCGACGGAGUCUUUGGUCUAACCCGCUCCUUCCUUGUGGCCGGAGCUGAUUUGGUAAUGGGAACCCUCUGGCACACCGGUGAUGCUUCCAGCCAAGUCUUCAUGAGCGGGUUCUACUCUUAUCUGCUUGACAGCGGCCUAACAGAGCACGUUGCGGUUCAGCAGGCGAUGUGUGCCAUGAUUCACGAGACCGAUGCUCGUGGCAAACUGAGGUUGAUCCUCUCAGCCAAGCCCGAGCUGGCCCACGCGGAGGGGCCGUACAAGGUGCGAUUCAAGCCGCACCGCUUUACGCAGACGGCCAUGCAUCGUGCACUGGAGUCGAGGCGAGCACGACAGGCAGGGGUGAGGGUUUAG